AUGAUCCACAAUGGUAAUCCUAAAAUGCUAAAAAAUCGAAUCACUCUAAGGAAUCAAAGUACUUAGUCAACAGACUCAGGUAGUUUUCAUAUUUCCUCUAAAUCUGGCGUCUAUAGGGAAUUUACUUUAAUCCUGAAAGGACAAAAUCUAUAUAAAUUUAGGAAUCAUAAAUGGAAAGUUUGUGAUAUGGUCAAGCAUAAUCUCUUAUGGGAGGGUUGCAGAUUAGGUUUUGGAUAAAAUUAUCUUGAAAUAUAUGAUAAGAUAGAAGAGUUAUUGAAAUACUAAAAACGCAGUGCAUUCAAUCGAAUAUCACUCAAAAAUACUCUAUUCUCAAACUAAUUGGAUAGGGUGUCUAUGGAAAGGUAUGUAUUAACUAUACAAGUUUGGUUUACAGAGUUAAAAAUAAUUGAGUUUGCUAUUAAGACUUUGAAAAAUCUUAUUUGCAUUUACCAAGAAUUAGAAAUAGCUCAACAGGUGGAUCAUCCUGACUUGGUUCAUAUUUAUGAAUCCUUCAAUUUAUAUUUGAAUUACUAUUGGGUGGCAAUCUGCGAUAAGAAAUUAAAAAAUCGAAGCAUUUCACUUAAUUUGUUAAUUGCUUAUUUCUUUAGAAUAUAUGAAUGGCCUUUGUGUGAUGCAUAGAGACAUAAAACCAGAGAAUAUUAUGCUUAGAUAUUCAUAGGAUCUUUUCCUGAAUUGCUGCAGAAUAAACUAUUUGAUUUCAAAGUGGAUUUUUUUAGUAUUGGUGUUCUGCUCUUUUAGAUGCUGACUGGAUAAAUACCAUUUGAAUCGGAAAAUUACAAUAAAAGAGUCCAACUUAAUAAGCAAGGCUUGUUUGAUUUGAGUGUAGCCAAUUCUAGCAGGGAGGCUUUGGAUUUCCUAUAAAGUUUUCUUUCUAAAAUCCUUCCCAUAGACUAACCGCCUCUAAGGCUAUAAAUCAUGGAGUCUUCAACUAGGAUCAUGGGCAGAUUCAUAAGCAACACUUUAGUAAGCCAAAGCCAAAGUUCUUAACUUUUGUCUCCAAAAAAAGCGAACUAAUUGAGUCAGAGAAUGAAUAGUUUGCAUCAAUACGAUAUUGAAAAACUCCAUAAUAGAGUUUAAGGCGGAAGACUAUGGUCCAUAAUCCUAUGUUAGAGAGGAAAUAAAAUUAUAAUUAUUAGAAUAACUAAAUAUCAUAUCGUAGAAGUACGAAAUCAGAGAUCUUGCUGUUUUUUAAAUUUAGAUGUUAGUUAUUAAUUAUGA